UUUCAUGUCAGAAUCCUUUCGUUAUUUUGUAUAUAUCUCGAUGGCUAGUUCCUAAACUUCUUCAACAAUGUUAUCACACUCUGCAGAAGCACAUGGCGGAGAUUGAGGCGAGAACAGCAGAGAGGGUGAUAGACGCAUGUGUGAGGAGCCAGUCGGUCAGGAAAUGCGUUUUCACCUCCUCUCUUCUCGCUUGCGUUUGGCGAAGAGACUCUCCUCACAACGAGCGGCAUCCCACGGUUGUCGACGAGAACUGUUGGGCCGACGAAGGGUUCUGCAGAGAUAGGAAGCUGUGGUUUGCGCUGGGUAAAACAAUGGCGGAAAAAGCAGCAUGGAGGGCAGCUCGAGGGAGCGAUGUUAAGCUGGUGACGUUGUGUCCGGGCCUUGUGACUGGACCCGGAUUUUGUCGAAGAAACGCAACCGCAUCCAUUGCCUAUCUCAAAGGAUCUCAAGAGAUGCUGAGAGAUGGAUUGCUGGCCACAAUUGAUGUAAGCAAAUUAGCUGACGCUCACGUUCGUGUAUAUGAGGCCAUGGGACGGACAGCUUGUGGGAGAUACAUCUGCUUCGAUCAUAUCGUCCGAAGAGCGGAAGAUGUCGCUGAGUUAGAACGACAGCUCAGAAUUCCUAAUAGAACUGCAUCCAUCGCUCAGGAGUCAGAUCAGCUUCCAACUUGGUUCGAGUUGAGUAAGAGAAAGGUUUCCAGGCUGAUGUCCUCGUCGAGGAGGUGUUUGCAUGGAACUUACUCGAUUCCGUGAAACAAUGUGAAUUCAUCACGACAAAAAGUUAGUUCAGGAAUAAUGAGAUGGAUAAGCUCAGAAUCAAUGGAUGAAGGAUGAGCCUGGCAGCUAUUCGAUUUGUGUAGAUCGUGAAGUUAUAAUAGCUACUGCAGGUGGAAAUGGAUGGAUUUCAUCAUAGAGAAAUGGGAGAAUUAUGCUGUUCAAACCUAGUAGCUUGAAGCUAGAAGAUGAGAAUUUAUGUGUAAUAUUCUUUUAUCAGAAUGUAUUAAGAUUUAUAUGAAAUGAAUAAAAGAUGGCAUCACAAGCUUUCUUAUGUACA